GACGACGUCAUCGUGUGCCCUCAGCUCCUGAGCGCGUCCACCAACCCCUCGUAUGUCGACAAGUACCUCUUCCUUGGCGCUGCAAACAUGGAACAGCAUGCCAUCCUCACAAUCCGCAACGUCACAGAGUGCCUGGAUUUGGCCGCCCUUAGCCAGUAUCCCGACGAGCAGGAAGUGCUGCUGCCCCUGCUGUCGGUGCUGCGUGUUGAGGAGGUGUCUGCAGAACCUGGACAGGCCUUGCGAAUCUCCUGCCAGUUCCAAGGCUCCAUGAUGAGUAGCCGGCUGCGUGCUGCCUGCCUCUCAGACCUGGCCAUGGCUUCCUACGAGCUGCUGCAAGGUAUCCAACCAUUGCCCGAGAAGACUUUGGACCUGACUCUCUCGGUGCAACGCCCUGGCGACCUCACGGCUGAGCCUCAUCAGUACACGCCCAAGGUCUUCCAGUCUUUGGUCACAAUCUUCGAAGCCAUCGACCGGCGGGGCGCCUGGAUGAUCAGCCGGGCAGACUACACAUGGGCCCAGGCCUGCCAGCCAUUUCGUGCCACCCAAGCGGAGGAAGUUCUGGCGAGGAGCUUUGGAGUCAAGCGCGUGCUGCGCAAACUGACUACGUACUUUGCCAAGAGCAACGUUGACCUGACCUUGCAUCGCUACUUCCUCCUGUCCAUGCCCGGUGCGACCGAUGCGCAGCUCGAGCGCGCCUUCCGCUGGACCGCCCGCUUCCUUCGCAAACACCAGCGGCAAGAGGAUGGGUUCAAGGCCUCGCCGGACUCUCCGUGCGGGUCACCCGUCACUCCGCAGCUCGAACUCGAGGCUGCCUCUCCAACUACGCCGGAGCGCUCCGCAUGGUGA